AUGGUGAUUGCACCUCAACUGGACUGGAUCGAUACUUCACAGAACAUCUAUCGCAACGACAUCCCAUUGAUCAGCCUGGAAAUUCCCUCGGUCCGAUGGGCACUUCUGGCUUUGGCCGCUGGCGAUCUUGGCUCUAUGCUGACGUCCAACUCUAUGGAGCCACGUCCUGACUAUUUGUCCAUGCAGGAUAAGCUCCAACACGAGGCAUUGGGCCCGCUUACAGCUCAUAUUUAUCAACUGACUCAUAAUCCUCAUCCCUAUGGGUCUCUCAGUGUGGACGAGCUCCGAGGGUUGCUUGUGUCAAUGUUCCUGCUCGUUUCUCUGGGCAUUCGGACGGGCCGCGGCCCGAUUUGGAGGCUGCACAUGCGAGCUGCUUAUGCUAUUUCUCAUGCAUGGCUGGCGGCCGAUGACACUCACCUGGAAGAUGAUGAUGGGAUCGAAAAGUCUAUCAUAGCGUUACUGAGCGAAUUUCAGACAUGGAGCUCGAUUACUGCUAUCGAUCGGCCUCCAAACUGGAAUUUGCGAAUUUCUUGUAAUAGGGCUGAGGGACCAUUUCACAAAUACGUCAGCAUCAUUCGUCACAUUACCGAAUUGGCGCGUGACCAGCGGUUUAGUUCGAACCAGAGCAUUUCAACUCGUAACUCAGACUGCCUUCGCAAGGACAUCAAGGAAGCUAGGCGUAUAGCGACCGUUCAAAUACAGAAGAUCGAUUUCCAAACUCGCCAGGCAAGGCAAUCCUUCUCUGCUAUGAUUGAUAUUUAUUAUCAGGCGACCCUCAUCUACUUCUUCCGCGUGAAGGGCGAUGAUUGUGCUGAUCAAGCUUCGUGCACGAUUGCACGAAACCACCUCUUUGAAUCGUUACGAGGAGUUUUCGAUAUGGAAUCUAUUGCGCACUGUUUGGCCUGGCCACUUCUAAUCGCCGGCACGGAGUGCCACGAUUGCAUUGAUGACCAGAUUUUCAUCGAGCACAAGAUGCUCGAAGUGAUUAAAAUGACCGGAGGUCUUGAUCGAGCGCGCAUGAUGGGACUUCUUCGUGAGCUGUGGGCUACUGGUCAGCAACAGACCGUUGUGAAUUGGAUUACGAUGGCGAAACAGUGGGAUCGAGUUGGAGAUCCUAUUCUGAUACAAUAG